AUGAAUCCCCUGGAAGAUAGUAGUCAAAAAGAGUGGCUGAAUCUUAGCCUAGGACAAAAUAAUAAUAGUAAUAAUAAUCUAGUUGAUCUAAAAAGGCCCAUGAAGGUAUAUACAUGCAAGUUUUGCAAGAGGAAGUUCUACAGUUCACAGGCAUUGGGUGGUCAUCAAAAUGCCCACAAAAGGGAAAGAAAUGCAUCAGUUAACCGAUCAUCGGUUGGUCACACACAAAGCAGAAAUGAUGAAGACAAAUCUGUACGGCCGGCUGCAGGGUUUGUGAAUGAUAAUCAUGGUGCAGCCCAGUUGACAUAUGCAGACAUUAAUUCGGUGCAGCAUGAAGAUCAGAAAACAACGGAAUCGAUCAAUUCGACGCCUCCUGGAGAUUCUUAUGAUUUCCAAGUGCAACCUGCAGCUGCUUCUACUACACUAGUGUCAGAUCAGCAUUAUGUACUUGAUUUGAAUCUGAGGCUAUGA